AAAAACUCAAUAAAGCCAAACUGAGUAUUGAUACUUGAGGAUGGUGUUGGCGUGUUGCUUAGGGUGGCAGUGGCAGACUAGCCAGUAACCCAUGAGCUCUUCUCUUCUUCAUCAAUGAAUCAAUGAUUUGAGUACAUCACCAACAUUUUGUAGCAAUUUUCUCUGCACGAUUUUGCGCUCUGUAGCCUAAGAAUCCCCUUUUUCUUUGUUUCAUUGUAAGAAAAUUUUGGUAGGGAUGGUGAAGAAAAAGUAUUUCAGAAAGAGGAAGCGGAAGCAGAAGCAGGCCGAGUCCGAAAUGCAGCCAGAAGAAGAGAUUCAGCAAGACAUACAAGUUUUUGUGCAGCUUCCAAGUCUUGAUGAUAAGUGUGCUGAGGCCGAGUGUGACGCAAUGGACCUAACAAAUGCUGAGUCUUCUCAACACAUUCAGCAGAACAUGCAAUUAUCUGGAGAAGCAAUCUGCACAAGUGUAAACUCAUUGGUAAAAAAUGUUCCUCGUCACCGAACAUCAAAAUGUAGAGAUAUGCACAAGAAAGGUCCAGAUGUAGGAAAUGGUGCAAAACAAAAAACUGCACGCCCACACCGAGAACAAAUUUGUGAGAAGGUUGUUUAUAUAAGCGAAUCUGUCGUUAUCCCGCAGCAUUCUCUUCGUUGUCGUGGACAAUCCAGGAGAAGAAGCAAAAACAGUGAACUAGGGAAGUUAGACUCAGAAACCUUUAGUUGCUAUAUGGAGAAAAUAUGGACGAAGAUUCCCGAAGAGAGGAGAAGUUUAUUUAUUCACCUUGACUCCCUUUGGUAUUAUUUGUACACAAACAGAACCUAUAAAGCUAAGGUGCUGGAUUGGAUCAAGAGGACAGACAUCUUCUCCAAAACAUAUGUUUUUGUUCCUAUUGUUCAGUGGGACCAUUGGUGUCUUUUGAUCAUUUGCAACAUGGGCAAAAGUGUUCAGUCAAAAGCCAGUACUCCAUGCUUGUUGCUGCUGGACUCGAUGCAAGUAGCUCAUGCUAAACAAAUGGAAUCCGGGAUAAGAAAAUUUGUCUUCGACAUUUACAAAGAUGGACAGACAACAGAGGUGAAGCAGAUGAUCAGAAAGAUCCCUUUUCGAAUUCCCAAGGUUCCACAGCAGAGAGACAACAGUGAGUGUGGGUACUAUGUUCUAUACUACAUCACUCGUUUCAUGGAACUCGCUCCUGAAGAGUUUAGUCUGUCUGACGGCUACCCUUACUAUAUGAAGGAAGACUGGUUUACUCCUGAGGAGUUGGACAGCUUCCGUAAAGAACUGAAGUCUUCUUCUCCAAGCAGGGAUUCUCCGGAACCUGAUGAAUCUUCAUCUGAUUCCGGGAGUAUCGACCCGCAAGACUGCUGUAUAUCUUAGAUUAUUAGAUGGCAUGAUUGUUAGUUUUCUAACAAUUGCUCGAGUCUUAGUGGAUCGUUUGAUUCGAGAACGAAAUAUGUUAAUGCUAGAACCAAACGGGGUUAACUCGAGACGAGUCAUGAGAUCAGAGUACAAACCCAUGUGUUAAUGUGUAUGCACUAACUUAAUGAAUGAAGGAACAAGUUGCAUUAUACAUAGCUUUGGAGGAUU